AAACAACUAAAAAGAAAUCUGGGACUUCGUGAAGAUGAUAUGAGCAAAGGAAAUGGAUUUUAAGAGGUUCAUGAUUGAGGCACAAUUGAAUUUGGUGUUUGGUACCAGAGAAGGAAAUAUAUAAUGUAGAGAGCGUGCAACUGUCUGAAUUUUUCACCAGUUGAAAUGGAUCGUAAAGUUGAUCAUCAUUCCCAGAAGCCUCCAAUCAAGGGAAUCAAAGGCAUAGAAGAAUCAGUUUUCUUGCACGGGGACUUGGAUCUACACAUAAUUGAAGCAAAAAAUCUUCCAAAUAUGGAUUUUCAUACUGAAACCGUGAGAAAAUGUUUCACUGCAGGAAACAAUUGUGCACCUCCCUUUGUAAAAGGACUCAAGACACACUCUGGAAAACAUAAAAUGAUCACUAGCGAUCCUUAUGUCUCUGUCUCUCUAGCAGGGGCUACUGUAGUUCAAACUAGAGUCAUAUCUAAUUGUGAGAACCCUGUGUGGGAUGAACGCUUUAUUGUGCCAGUUGCUCACCCUGUUCAAAAAGUUGUGUUUCUCGUGAAAGAUGAUGACGUUUUCGGAGCUGAACUGAUUGGAGUCGUGGAGAUAUCUGCCCAGAAGAUUUUGUUGGGAAAUACUGUUAAUGAUUGGUUUCCCAUCAUCGGCAAUGGAAACUGCUUAAAACCUUAUCCUGAGUUGCAUAUUUCUUUGAAGUUUGUGGCCGUGGGAGACAACGAUCGGACAAGUUAUUUUGGUGUCCCUAAUACAUAUUUCCCCCUCCGGAAAGGUGGGAGUGUGACUCUUUAUCAAGAUGCUCAUGUACCAAUUGGUAUGCUACCUGAAAUUCUACUUGAGGGUGGAAAAGUCUUUAACCAGGGUAGAUGCUGGGAGGAUAUAUGCCAUGCCAUUUUGGAAGCUCACCAUUUAAUAUAUGUUAUAGGAUGGUCUAUUUACCACCCUAUAAAGCUUGUCAGAGAACCAACAAAACCUAUACCUACUGGAGGAGAGCUUUCACUUGGAGAAUUGUUGAAAUACAAAUCACAAGAAGGAGUCCGCGUGGUUAUCUUGAUUUGGGAUGACAGAACAUCGCAUGACACCUUUUUUUUGAAAACGGAAGGUGUCAUGCAGACACAUGAUGAAGCAACAAAAAAAUUCUUUAAACACUCCACUGUCCAUUGCGUGCUAUCUCCACGUUAUCCAAGCAAUAAACUCAGUAUCUUCAAGCAACAUGUUGUGGGAACACUUUUUUCACAUCAUCAGAAGUGCGUUCUUGUUGACACUCAAGCUUCUGGGAAUAAUAGGAAAAUAACUGCUUUUAUUGGUGGCCUGGAUCUAUGCGAUGGCAGAUAUGAUACCCCUGAGCAUCGGCUCUUCACUGAUCUUGAUACUGUCUUUAAAGAUGAUUUCCACAAUCCUAUACUUCCGUCGAGUUAUACUGGUGGACCAAGAGAACCAUGGCAUGACUUGCAUUGCAAAGUUGAGGGGCCAGCUGCAUAUGAUAUAUUAACUAAUUUUGAGCAAAGAUGGAGGAAAGCCAAAAAAUGGCGUAACAUAAGGCUAAACAAGGUUACAAAUUGGCGUGAUGAUGCCUUGCUUAGGCUUGAUCGAAUAUCAUGGAUUGUCACACCAUCUAUUCGUGUUGAUGAUGAUACAAAUGUUCACGUAACUCAAGAAAACGAUCCUGAGACUUGGAAUGUGCAGGUAUUUCGGUCCAUAGAUUCAGGAUCUGUCAAGGGUUUUCCAAAGGACGUUAUGGAAGCUAAGGCUCAGAAUCUAAUCUGUGGAAAAAAUUUGAAAGUUGACAAAAGCGUUCAUGCUGCUUAUGUAUAUGCAAUAAGAUCAGCUCAACGCUUCAUAUAUAUAGAGAAUCAAUAUUUUCUUGGAUCCUCAUUUCAUUGGCCUUCCUACAAAACUGCAGGUGCAAAUAACUUGGUUCCUAUGGAGUUGGCUUUGAAAAUUGCCAGCAAGAUCAGUGCUAAAGAACGUUUUUCUGUGUAUAUAGUGAUCCCCAUGUGGCCAGAAGGGGUUCCAUCUAGUGCUGCUGUACAAGAAAUAUUGUUCUGGCAGGGACAGACAAUGUCUAUGAUGUACAGGAUUGUUGCUGAUGCCCUUAAAAAGGCAGGUCUCGCUGACCGCUGUCACCCACAAGAUUAUCUCAAUUUUUUUUGCCUUGGAAAGCGUGAGCCUCAAAUUUCUCCAAGUCCAUCACCGGCAUUUCAUACAGCUGAAAGCCGUGCUUUGGCUUCGGUGAAAAAAUUCAGACGGUUUAUGAUCUAUGUUCAUGCCAAAGGAAUGAUAGUUGAUGAUGAAUACGUACUCAUUGGAUCUGCAAAUAUUAACGAGAGAUCCUUGGAUGGUUCAAGGGAUACAGAAAUCGCAAUGGGUGCUUAUCAACCAAAAUACACAAAGAAAGCAAAGAAGACUCGUCCGCAUGGCCAGGUGUAUGGUUACCGAAUGUCACUGUGGGCUGAACAUCUGGGCAGUGUUGAAGAUACUCUUGAUGAACCGGACCUGCAAUGUGUGAGAUAUGUCAACAACGUUGCCGAACGGAACUGGGCUGCAUAUGUAUCUGAUGAUGCAGGGAUCAUGUGGGGACACUUGAUGCAGUAUCCAGUUCAUAUCAGCGCAGAUGGGACAGUCAGUGCACUUCCAGGUCAUGAGACCUUUCCUGACGUUGGUGGUAAAAUUCUUGGAUCCCCCAACUCUCUCCCGGAUGCACUAACCACAUGA